AGAGUUAAUGUUGGAAACUCCAAGGGGAGAGAGAUAUACAAUUGACAUUUGUUGGAGAGUGUUGUGGUGGCAAUUCCAGAGGCCAUGUGUGAAGAAGAGAAAUGGGAGGAUCUAACAUCAUGCUAAUGCUAAUGCUACUCUGGAGUUGUCAUUUCCUUCCUUAAUCCUCAUCUCCUCAACUAACUACUACAAAUACAGAAAGUAAAACCCUAGAAAAUUAUGAAGAAGCGAGUACCCGACUGGCUCAACAGUCCUCUCUGGAACUCCGAUCACCACCGCUUCUCCGCCGCACCGGACCCGCCGGAACCUCCUUCUCCUCCUCCACCCGUAAUUCAUGAUUCGCGAACCAGACACAACGGCAUUACCACCUCACCUCCCUCUUCUUCCUCCGCAUCUUCUUCCGAUGACAUCUCUCACUCCCGCCAAGGCCACGCUCAAUUGUUAGCCGAGUUAUCAAGAAAGGUCAUAGAUAUGCGGGAAUUGAGAAGACUCGCAUCUCAAGGCAUUCCUGAUGCUUCUGGUUUGCGUUCUACAGUCUGGAAGCUUUUGCUUGGGUAUCUUCCGCAAGAUCGCGCCCUUUGGUCCUCUGAAUUAGCAAAGAAGAGGUCCCAGUACAAACAUUUCAAAGACGACCUUCUCAUGAAUCCUUCAGAAAUCACAAGGAGGAUGUGCAGUUCGGCUAAUUAUGACACCGACGACUCCAAAUUUGGGAGUAGGGGCAUGCUUUCUAGAUCACAAGUCACUCAAGGCGAACACCCUUUGAGUCUUGGCAAGACCAGCAUAUGGAACCAAUUCUUCCAGGACUCAGAUAUCAUAGAACAGAUUGACCGAGAUGUAAAGCGCACUCAUCCAGAUAUACACUUCUUCUGUGGUGAUUCUCAGUUUGCCAAAUCUAAUCAGGAGUCUUUAAAGAACAUAUUAAUUAUCUUUGCAAAGUUGAACCCAGGUAUAAGAUAUGUUCAAGGGAUGAAUGAGAUAUUGGCUCCUCUAUUCUAUGUGUUAAAAAAUGACCCUGAGGAGGAACAUGCGGCCUUUGCUGAAGCAGAUACAUUCUUUUGUUUUGUUGAAUUAUUGAGUGGACUCCGAGAUAAUUUUUGCCAACAACUUGACAAUAGUGUGGUUGGAAUCCGUUCAACCAUUACAAGAUUGUCUCAGCUUUUAAAAGAACAUGAUGAAGAACUGUGGCGUCAUCUUGAAGUCACGACUAAAGUCAAUCCCCAGUUUUAUUCAUUUAGGUGGAUUACUCUCCUCUUAACUCAGGAAUUUAAUUUCCAUGAUAUCCUUCAUAUUUGGGAUACCCUUUUAAGUGAUCCAGAGGGUCCACAGGAGACACUGCUCCGGAUAUGUUGUGCAAUGCUAAUACUCGUUCGAAGGCGCCUCCUAGCGGGUGAUUUCACUUCUAAUCUCAAGUUGCUGCAAAGUUAUCCCUCUACAAACAUCAGUCAUUUGCUCCAUGUUGCCAAUAAGUUACGUGCACAGUCGGUCUAGUGGUUUUCACCUAUGAUUUUUUUGUAUUUUGUUUUUGUCUCUAACAUAGUGUUUCUAAAUUUUGUGAUUGUCGAUUACUCUGUAAAUGUUGGUUUAGGGAAAAUCUUAUAUACUCGUAUUUUUACUAAAUUUGUAUUGUAAUUCUACAUUACUGUGGUCUGGAUGAAAUUCGCUUGUAUACUUAGUUGUUAAGCACCGGUGGUCCUUGUAUUCUCCAAAGGACAUUAGAAUAAAACUAUUUUGUCAUGUUCAA